AUGAUGGAUUUUGGCCUUGAUUUAGAAGAGUUAUCAUCAGCUUUUGAAGUCAAAGAACAGCCGGAAACGAAAAGGGAGACAGAGGAAAGGCCUUUAAAUUUUACUGAUUAUGAAGAAAAGAAGAGAAAGGCUGAGGCAUCUCUCAUGCCGUUGAUCGAGAACCUAGAAGAAACAGAGAAUACCAGUCUCCCACAGAAACGUUCGAAAUUAACGGAAGAACUCGAUGCAUUGGAAUUUAAAGCUCCACGUAUCAAAAUAUACAAAAUAUCGGCUCCGGAUUCUUGUACCCAUGAGGUUGCUGUGCCACCAAAUAUGGAGUACCAGCCACUCACCAAGGAUACACGACCGCCAGCCAAAACCUAUCCGUUUGUAUUGGAUGCUUUUCAGCAACAGGCUAUAACAUGCAUUGAUAACAACCAGUCGGUCAUGAUUUCCGCUCACACCUCAGCUGGUAAAACAGCAGUUGCCGAGUAA